UAACUUAUUUCUCGAUUGAAGGCAUUUUUCAAACAUGCGAAGAGGGUAUUUCUGUAUUGUAUUGACAUGUGCAGUGGUAUUGAGUAGCAAUGGAAAUGCUCAGAGAUUUUGGGUGACUACGGAUGAAUUGGAAAAUCAUAUAAAUCCUGACGAUCUCCGCGAACUACUGAAUCUUCGUAACACGUCGGCAACGACCACCCCAGCGGACGCGGAACCAGACCGAAUCUACGGCUCCAUCGACGAUGACACGCCGCAUGCCGUCCCGGAUACCGUGGACUGCUUCGGCCUCGGCUCUCUCACGAAACAGUUGCCGUGGCUCUUCAACAUGCGGCCAGACUCUUCUGAUGCUGUCAAAACGCAUUUCUUCUUUUACUCCCGCAAACAGCCAUUUCGAGCUCAGGUGUUGCUGGGAGAGCAGUUCGGGCUGGAGUGGGUGGACUUCAAGCCGAGUCGCAGGACCGUCAUGAUCGUUCACGGCUUCAUGAGCCAUAGCAAUGCUUCCUGGGUUAACGAUAUGGCUCGAGCCUUUUUAAAAUGGGAUGAUGUGAACGUAAUUGCGGUGGACUGGAGUGGAGGCGGCAACACUUGGAAGUACUGGCGAGCGGUGGCGAACACUCGGCGAGUUGGCUCCGAUGUCGUGGCGUUCUUGAAGAAGCUAAUAGAGGAGACGGGGGCGCGGGUGAAGGAUUUCCACUUGGUGGGGCACAGUUUGGGCGCUCAUAUUUGCGCGUUUGUUUCGAAGCAUUAUAACGGCGUCGCUAGGAUAACAGGUUUGGACCCGGCCCAACCUUGCUUCCGAACAUCUGACAAGUCCGAGCGGUUAGAUAAAACAGAUGCUGAUUUUGUCGAUGUCAUUCAUACAAAUGGGAGACUUUUGAAAAAGAUCGGAUUUGGGCUGCCGGAACCUGCAGGAUAUGCGGAUUUUUACCCGAAUGGUGGCAUGAAGCAACCUGGGUGUCACAACGGAACAUCUUUAUUUUCAAAAUUCUUCCGUUACACACCAUCGCAUUUGCAGCAAGCGAUUUGCAGCCACGGACGAGCGUACCUGCUCUUUACCGAGUCUCUGUUCAACAACAACUGUUCGUUUAGGGCACAUCGCUGGAAUUUGUCCUACGAAGGGGUGGAGUCGUGCCUCCGCGCAGCGUGCGACUUCACCGGCUCAUGCUCGGAGAUGGGUAUCAAGGCCAUCGGCGGGAAGGACUUGCCCAGGGCACAAGGCCCUUACUUUGUGCUGACAACUGAGAGGGUUCCCUAUUGUCCGUCUGAGUGGGAGCGGCGGCAGCCGGCGCAGCACCUGCUGAAGGACCUGCGCGAGGGGUUCCAGCUGGCGGGCCCCGGUGCGGGCACGCGGCGCCCCCCCGCCUCGCGCGCGCCCGACUACGCGGACCCCGACCCUACCACCGCUCGCAACAACAUGGACACCCCUACCACCAAGAAAUCCUGGUUCAAUUGGUGGAAAAUUAAUUCGAACUAGACAUUUCA